AUGAAAGUCCUCAUACUCAUGUCGUAUGAAUGCCUCAUCACUACAAUUCCAUGCAUAGACAGCUUUAUACAUAAAUUAACUGAAGAAACAUAUAAGAGAUUUGGUCAGUUAGAAAAAGAUAUGCUGUUAGCUGAGGCAACAUUUUUGGAUCCUCGGUUCAAAAAAUAUGGAUUCAAAAAUCAUUUUGCUUUUCAAGACACCAAAAGAUCUAUUGUCAACAAAGGAAAAAUUAUAAUUAGUGAAAAAAAUGUACAGCAACGUAACUUGACAACUUACCCGAUACCACCGACAGGGAGUAAUAAAGAAGAUUCAAUUUGGAACGACUUUGAUUUGGAAGUUACUGAUAUAGUUCAGUCUCAGGAUCCAAAAGCGUUGAUGAUUAUCAAAGUAGAUAAGUAUCUUCAAGAACCUUUGAUUGCAAGAUCAAACGAUCCAUUAAAACGGUGGAAUGAAAACAAAAAAAAUUUACCCUACUUUGUUUGA